GGGCGUUUUGUCUCCAAAACGGUCCCUACAAACGAUCAUACUUUUCUUUACUCUCUUGUAUUAAACUCUGUCUCUCUCUCUUCUUCAAACUGUUUUCUCUGCGCCAAAUAAACACAAAUGAAUGACAUCAAGAACUUCACCAAACAUUAAACCCCACUCUCCCACUAAAGCAAAAGGACUCUCUCUCUCUCUCUCUCUCUCUCUCUCUCUCUCUCUCUCUCCCCACUUACAUUAUACACACUCUUCUCAAACUUCUUCAUCAUUCAAGCCUCAAAAAACCCACCAACAAUCUCCAGAUCGAGGGUAACGUAGGACCUAAUGGACGGCAAUAAAAUUGACUUUAAUGCACCGCUUCUUUCGGUGAGAGUGAAUAGGAAAACAAAAGAGGUACCUCGACCUGUUAGGAACCUCUCUCUUCCUUCUCAGAAAUCAGAUUGGGAGUUAACUGAGGUUGCCAAACCAGCUGCUGUUCCUUUUAUUUGGGAACAAAUUCCUGGAAGACCUAAAAAUGGAAGCACAAACCAGUCUCUGUCUCCACCAGAACGUUCGGUUAGUCCAAUGUUCCCUCCUGGGAGGACCUUUGAUAACAAAAAGCGCGUUUCAGGUGAGCAGUUUCAGGAUAAGUAUGUUUGUAGGCCUCACGUUGAAGCUUCUCACACGAAUGACGAUGUGAAAUGUUUAGAUGUGUGUAAAAAGUCAGCUGGCUCACUAAGUGACGAUGAAUCUUAUUCUGACGCACUUGACACAUUAUUAGAAUCAGAAUCAAUUUCUUGGAACUGCAGUGUCAGUGGUUUGAGUGACUAUGAUAGUUCAUAUGCAAGAUCAUCGAGCAACUUCUCUGCUGAUCCACAAACUCGAGAAAUUAUGAUGACUCGCUUCUUACCUGCAGCAAGGGCCAUGGCUGUUAAAAAGGAAAGUAAGAAGCAAACUAUGCCAAGUGAACUACCUAGACAUGUCAGACAGGUUCUUAGUGGGGAAUUAAGGCCAACGCUUGAAAAGUAUGGAUCUAACACUGCCAUACAUCCAAAACAAUAUAAAGGGAGUGUUGCUAGUGAAGAUGAGGACAAUGAAUUCAUUGAACGUGGUAGAAAAUCUAUUAAAGCUUGUGGGUUGUUACCUAGAUUAUGUGUAAAGAAUUCAUUGUCCCUUUUAGGUCCAGUGCCAGGGACAAAAUCCAGAGCCCAAAGUCCCAUCCCCUCUGUUCCUGAAUUUAGAAGAAUGGCCAGAACAGCUCACAGUGGGCCUUUACCUCAGACUCAUCACGAGAAGCAAGAUUGGAAUGAUGUUUAUUGGAAAAAUAUGCAAAAAAAUAUUCAAAGUAGAGUACAGGCGCAAGAACUUGUUAAUAAUAAGCUGAAUGGUGUAUCCAAACGAUUCAAUCACAACACUGACUUAUACAAGACAAAAGGUUUGUCACCUCACAGACUUUCCAGAAGCGGUGGCGUAUCUCCAUUCCGGAAUGAAAAACCACAGUCCCCCUUUUAUGACGGGGCCAGAUUUCUCGGUAUUCCUAAGAUAGUAAAGGAUGACAAGGCUAGUGAAUUUCGUCCCGUUGACAGAGAGUCUGAUAAGCAAGAUAUCUCGGUACAUCAGAUAUAUAAACAAGGGUCAGGCCCCCUCAUUGCUUUAGACCCUCCAUAUGAUGCAGAAGUCCCAAAUUUGGACUCGUACUCAUUGAAAAUUGGGAGAAUAGAUAAAGCUUAUGAGAAGACCUUGGGGGAGAGCAGACAGGUGGAAGGAUUGUCUCCCCCCAAAUCUUUUCCUCAAGAAAAAGUAGUUAAGCCCAUAUUACUCAGUCCACCGAGGGCAGAUAAACCUUCUUACACGGACAUUUAUGUAAUAAAGAAUCAAGAAACCAGCGACGGGAUGGAGAAUCAUGAACAAGAUAUUGGUCAGAAACCUUCUGCACAAUGUUUAGCAUCAUCUCUGAAGGAUAAUUUAGAUAAGAUUGAAAAUACAGAGAAGGUGAAAAAUCAAGACAAGUCAAAUAGUGCUACUCCAAAAUCGCCUAAACCCCCGCCAUUACCUAAAUCACCUUCAGAGUCUUGGCUUUGGCGUACUGUUCCCGCAGUUUCAUUGCGGAAUCCUUUUUCACAAAACCAACCUAAGAAGCAGCAUCAGAAGCCUUCCAAAACAGCUGCCAAGUGGGAGACCAUAGUGAAGGCCUCUCAUGUACGUCAUGAGCAUUUGCGGCAUUCUGAGGAACGUGCAUCUCUGGUCUCUCAGCAUGCAAAGACCUAAGACUGGAGUUGUCAGCUAGGCGUUAUGCACGUAGAGAGUAAGGGUAACCUGAACAUCAUCAAGAUCUUUUGCCUUCAAUCUUCAACACAAACUGAAAACAAAAUUAGUUUGACAUUUUUUUGGUGUGAACAAGUGUGUCCUUUUGAAAUCGGAGUAUAAUGCUGGUAUAUAGUUCCUUUCCGCCCAUACCAGUUCAUGCCAACUUCAAGAGUGUUUGUUUGUUUGAUUAGUGUGUCUUGUGUGUACGUGAAACAAAGCUUUCUCUCUUUUUCAUAAAGAAAAGCUUUGUAAAAACAGUAGUCAGACAUGUACUACUAGUAUUAUGGAUUUAACCACAGUUCCUUCUGUUUAUUGAUUCUGUAUGUCUUUGAGUAAUUAGAAAAUUCUGAUUCUUAAUUUAAAUGUUUUGUUUGGUCUUUGUUCA